ACUCAGUGGAGGAGUUUUACGCUAUCCGAGGAAGUUUGAAAGGGACCUAGGCGCAUGCGCAGAAGCUUGAGGUGUCCCCCCUUGUGCGCAUCAGUAGUGGGAUUUAGCGAGUGGCGGGGCGGAAGGAGAGCGAGUGAGAGAGCGAGUGCGCGCAGGUGACAGAACUGAAGAGGAGCGUUAGUUUGUGUUCACAUCAUUUCACCGCUCUUAGUCGGCCAGAACGUCGCGUCCGGUCAGGAAGUACACUUUUUUUUUUUUUUGAAGGGUUGCAAAAACUCUCCUAUAGUUUUGAUCAUCCGAGUGUUUGUUACAGUCGCCUUACUUUUGGAAAAACAACAACAACAACAACAACAAUUGCUUAUUUUUGAAAACAUGGAGAGUUUGGCGCUGCGGGUGGAAUGGAGAGUCCAGUAGACGCGCCGUCUUUGUGGCCAGCCAUCACCGUGUGGAUAUUGUAACACAGGUAGAGCAGAGCAGAACAGAAAACACCGCUUCAUUUUUGGAUUAACCUUUGUGUCGAAAGCGCGAUUCCCCCCCCCCAGUAGAGUCUCUGAAACACGCAGGAUCGCCUGUGAAAUCGUACUCGUACAUGGGAACUUCUGAGGACGAAAAGACGCGUUCUCCCGCGGCAUCCUUACUUACUUGUGAAUUUAUGUGUCGGUAAGUGUUUCCGCAAGCUCGUGCCCACGCCUCUGUAUGAAAAAAGGCACUAAUUAUUUGGAUUGCUUUAGCUCACUGUAAAUAGUCUCAACUACCCUCAACCCUCAUAUCCAAACCCUUCGUGCCCAUCUCCCAGCUGAACUUAGAGGUCGGACCUGCGAGCUCCUGCUCCUUUACCGCGCUGUGGAUUGCGACUGUCUCGGGAUCAGAGACACCUUGAGGAAGUCGGAUAAGUAUAAACGGGAUCUGCUUUGGAAUUUUUUUUUAAAUUCCAAAUCCACCAAUUCCAAGAGGCUUCUUCAGGGCGAACCACUUCGUUAGCUUCUCUUUCAGGAUGCUCUUCAUGAAGAGGCCAUCUUCUUCGGGCUGGGUCAGAGCCAUAGACACACGACAUGGAGUGGUUGCCAUCACUUUCCUGGCCUUCUUCAUGCAAGUGGUGGUGGAGGCUACCUCAUGGUGGUCUCUGGCUAUGAAUCCACUACUGAUUCCCGAGGCUUACAUCAUAGGUGCACAGCCGCUGUGCAGUCAGUUGGUAGGCUUGUCCAAAGGCCAGAAGAAGCUGUGCCAGCUGUACCAGGACCACAUGCAGUACAUUGGUGAGGGUGCCAAGACGGGGAUCCGUGAGUGCCAGUACCAGUUCCGCCACCGACGCUGGAACUGCAGCACAGUGGAUAAUUCCUCGGUGUUUGGCCGUGUCAUGCAGAUUGGAAGUCGCGAGGCAGCAUUUACUUAUGCAAUCAGUGCAGCAGGUGUUGUGAACGCAGUGAGCCGAGCAUGCAGAGAGGGCGAAUUGUCGAGCUGUGGCUGCAGCAGGGCGGCUCGACCCAAAGAUCUUCCCCGAGACUGGCUCUGGGGAGGUUGUGGAGACAAUCUCAUCUAUGGCUACCGCUUCAGCAAGGAGUUUGUGGAUGCCCGUGAACGAGAAAAGACCUAUGAGAAAACUUCCAUGGAGAACGCACGGCUCUUGAUGAAUCUCCAUAACAAUGAAGCAGGACGGAGGAUGGUAUCUGAUCUGGCUCAUGUCUCAUGCAAGUGCCAUGGCGUUUCGGGUUCGUGCAGCCUGAAGACCUGCUGGCUCCAGCUAGCAGACUUCCGCAAAGUGGGUGAUGCACUAAAAGAGAAGUAUGACAGCGCAGCAUCCAUGAAGAUUAAUGGGCGUGGCAAGCUGGUGCAGGUGCACUCCAAGUUCAAUCCACCAACCAACAACGACCUGGUGUACGUGGAGCAGAGCCCAGACUACUGCGUGCUUGACCACAGCACGGGCUCGCUGGGCACGCAAGGGCGUCUCUGCAAUAAGACCUCUGAAGGCAUGGACGGUUGCGCCCUCAUGUGCUGUGGCCGUGGCUACGACCAGUUCAAGGCCACGCUGGUCGAGCGCUGCCACUGCAAGUUCCACUGGUGCUGCUAUGUCAAGUGCAAGCGCUGCACAAGGGUCGUCGAUCAGUUUGUGUGCAAGUAGCCCAUUCCUAAAUACAUUUUUUUUUUCUGAAAGCGAGCGUGUGUUGUGUGCAAGUAGGAUCCCUUUUCCAAAAGAAGAUGGGAGAACCAUUGUGAAAGUUGGGGAAUGGAAAAAAGAACUAUAUAAAUUAUAUUUAUAGAGUCAAAACAAUUAUACUGUUUCAGAAAAGACUGACCUCUUUGUGUGUGUUUUUACAUUCUCAAAGCAAUAGGUACAAGAAGUUUAAAGAAGCAAAGAGUAUUUAUUUUGUUUUUUUCCCCUUUUGUUUUCUCCCUGUUCUUUCUAAAGUGGAAUUUGUUGCAGUGAGUGCAAUCCGACUACCCAGACUAAAGCAAAACCUUCCCGAUUAUCCACAAAAGGGUAAAUUGGUUCAUUGUGGCUCUUUAAGAAGUUCAAGUACCGCACUGACAUUUUACUGAACCACACCGAGUGUCUUGAGUAAUGCGGUGCCGUAGUGUUUCGUUUCAGUCUCAACCACUGUCUGCCUGGGUUUGUAUAUCACUAAGAGUGGAUAUAUCAUGGUUUAUUGUGUGCUGCAUGGAUAAGCUGACUGUGUCUUAAACCCAAGCACACUUAAGCUUCACAAGCUACACUCUGUUCUAGAUCAGCAAGUCUUUGCAUUAACCUGGUGUAAAGAACUGCUUCAUAUUUCAGCUCCAGUGUGUUACUGUAAUUGUAGUGCUGAAUUAUUACACAUUUCUUCUCUACAGAUUUCUGCACUGAGUGACCAUGCAACUAAAACUGUCUGACAAAAGCAGCCUGCAUAAAAUGUCACUCACGCUUUAAGUUCUAUGCCCCUGUUUUCCAUUGGCACGUAUGGUGAAGGUGCUGCCACUUGAGCCACAUACUGAAAACAGGCCAUAGUUUUGGGAUGAAAAGCACUUUUGGAAGCUGGGUGUCUACAUGGUUGAGUGUGAAAAUGUAUAGGCUUUGUUUGGAGUGGUGCUGACUUGUGAUAAGGGAUUGACACUGGGAAAUGGCUAACACAUAACUGUUGAAAAUGUUAACUACAUUUCAGUUCUUUACACUUCAAUCUUUAUUCUUGAAAGGCACAUCAAUGUUGGCACCUAUCUCCAUCUAGCAAACUUGCCUUUUUGAUCAAAAAUCAAAAUAUUCAUCAUUUUGGGAUUUCUUGUCAAACUUUCAUUUAACUACUAUACAGUUACCACUAGUUAUUCAUUAUUUCAUUUUAUCAUUACUACUAUAAUUCAUUAUAAAUUCAACCAGUAUAUUUAUUAGCUGACAAACAUUGAAGCUUUUAAAAGGUAUUUCUUGUGACUGACUUUUUAUAUAUGUAUUUUGUUUUCUUUCAAAUCAAACUGUUAAUAUGCUUUAAUAAAUUUUAAAUAUUAACAAAGUCAAGCAUCUGAAACAAAUCAUUGAAUCAGCAAUUUAUUUAUUUAUUUGAUAUAGGUCAUGUAUUCUUAUACUAUGCAACUACAUAUGCCACCUUAAGUGUGUGUAUGUGUAUUCUGAGAUAAUAAUUCCUGUACAAACACAGAAGAACUAUUGAGUUAAGAUAUGUCUGUAUUUUUUAUAUUUUGUCAUCCUGAGCAUCGAAGCUUCUGCUUCUGCCCAGAGUUUAAAAAAAAGCCUUUGAACAAAUAAAAUCUGGACUCUUAGGAGUGGAAUUGGUUAAAGUUAAAA